AUGGAGCUCUUUUCAGCAGCACCAGAUUUGUCGCUUCAGAUCGGCUCUGAUGAUGCCACACCACCAAGUUGGAGAAAACCAGAUGAGACCAUGGAGUUAGGGUUUCGACGGAGGGACGUGUGUGACUCCCCCACCACUACAACCUACAUUUACCCCAUCACUGCAUCCGCAGCGAACGCCAACGCUGCCGCCUUUGAGCUCUCCUUGGCGAACACAAAUGGUGCCGUCUCCAUCGAUCACCGCCAUCACCACCCACCACUUCCCGAGGUCUGUCACCGAGAUCAAAGCUGGAUGAAACCCAUAACAGGCAUCCCUAUCUACCAACAUCCACCUUCCUUUCCUUUAGUCGCGCCGCAUCAGCAGCAACACUUGUGUGGGCCUUCUUCUUCCACCCACGGUUUCACACCCUUCAUAGCCAGCCAUAGCUUGUCGAGAUCAAGAUACUUGCCGUCGAGGUUCCCCGGCAGGCGGAGCAUGCGAGCGCCAAGGAUGCGAUGGACUACCGCACUCCAUGCCCGCUUUGUCCAUGCUGUGGAGCUGUUGGGUGGCCAUGAGAGAGCUACACCCAAGUCAGUUCUAGAGCUCAUGGAUGUGAAAGAUCUUACCUUGUCUCAUGUGAAAUCCCACCUGCAGAUGUAUCGAACUCUGAAGAACACUGAUAAAUUAGCAGUUCCAUCAGGUCAAUCUGAUGGGUUUGAGAAUGGAUCAACAAGAGAGAAUUCUGAUGAAAACCCGGUAGACCUCCACCAGUCACAAGAUGCUACUAGUGAUCAGGUCACAAGGGGAUUUAAUGGAUAUGAUGAUGAUGAGAUAAGUCCCUUUAUUCACAAAAGAAAGAAGCUUCAAACAGUGCCUGUCCAGUCUGCUUGCUUCUUGUAG